AUGGCUGCUGGCACCUCUGGCGAGAGGCUGCGCCUGUCGCUCUGCAACAUGCUGACAGGCGAGCUGCUCCGUGAGGUGGAGCUGGCUCCUUCAGACAGCUUGCAGGCUGUGGCGGCCCAAAACCUACCCGAGUGGCUGCCGAUGCGCCUCCUUUACAACACAGAACCUUGCGGCCACGACAGCGCCCUUAGCCUUGGCAUAGUGGACGGCGCGGUGGUCCAUGUGGUGCGGCUCGAGAGACACGGCUCUCGUGCAGGGGGCUUUGAACCCACUUCAUCGCAGGUACUUUAG